AAAGAAGUCAAGUCAUGUGACGCCCUUAAAGCUUGCUGUAAUCUGCUGCGGAGAGUAUGGCUCUGACUGUUGUGUGGUUUAUUACGGCCAUUUUUAGCUUAGUCCAUUCAUCACCUUUAAUUUCAGUCAAAGAUGAAUAUGCUUUCAAGCAGUGGAUUUCAGAGCAUAACAAAGUUUAUGGCACUGAGGAAUAUCACCACAGACUCCAUGUAUUCAAGCAAAAUAAGAGGACAGUUGAGCAGCAUAAUGCUGGGAAUCACUCCUUCACAAUGGGCCUGAACCAAUUCUCAGACAUGACAUUUGAGGAAUUCAAGAAAUUCUACCUUUUCACGCAACCUUCGACCUGCUCAGUCAUUAAAGGCAGUCAUGUCAAAAGGACAGGUCCUUAUCCUGAGUUUGUAGACUGGAGGAUGAAGGGCGACUUUGUGACUCCUGUGAAGGACCAGGGUUUUUGUGGCAGCUGUUGGACCUUCUCCACCACUGGCUGUCUGGAGUCAGUGAAUGCUAUUGCUACUGGGAAACUAAUACAAUUGUCUGAGCAGCAGCUGCUGGACUGUUCCAGAAAUUUUAGCAACUAUGGAUGCUUUGGUGGGUUCCCCAGUCAGGCAUUCGAGUACAUCAAAUACAGCAAGGGUCUCAUGAGAGAGGAGGAUUAUCCCUACAAAGCCUUUGAGGAAAAAUGCCAUUUUGAGCCUUCACUUGCAGCUGCAUUUGUCCAAGAUGUUGUCAAUAUAACAAGUUAUGAUGAAAAGGCCAUGGUUGAUGCAGUGGCCCGGCUCAAUCCUAUCACCUCCUGCUUUGACGUCACAGCUGAAUUUAAGCACUACAAAGAAGGUGUUUACUCCAGCACCCAGUGUAAGAACACAACAGACAAAGUGAAUCAUGCAGUCCUGGCGGUGGGGUAUGGCACCGAGAAGAACGGCGUGCCGUAUUGGAUUGUGAAGAACUCUUGGGGCACAGCCUGGGGAAAGGAUGGAUAUUUUUUGAUCGAGCGUGGAAAAAACAUGUGUGGACUGGCUGCCUGCUCUUCUUACCCUCUACCUUAAGCAUCUAAAUAAAAGGGCAACAAAGUGGAAA